AUGCCAUCCCUCCCCUGGUCGACUAUCUCCCUUUUGCUAGGGAGCUUCUCCCUAACGGCCAACGCCGUGCAGACCAUCUCAGCUGUCGGAUCCAAGUUCUUCUACGAAGAUGGAACGCAGUACUUCUUGAAAGGCAUCGCGUACCAGCUCAUCCCCGAAGACCCUCUGAUCGAUGUCGCGCAGUGCAAGCGCGAUGCCGCUCUUAUGGGUGAGCUGGGCGCCAACUCGAUCCGCGUCUACCACGUGGAUCCAAAGGCCAACCACGACGGAUGCAUGAAGGCCUUCGCCGACAAGGGCAUUUACCUCUUCCUGGACCUGGACACAUUCGACACCGCCAUCGACCAGACCACCCCCAAAUGGACAGAAGAGCAAUCCAACGCCUUCAAAGCUGUCAUGGACGCCUUCCACCAAUACGACAACCUCGCCGGCUUCUUCGUCGGCAACGAAAUCCUCACCACAAAGGAGGGCUCCCCAGCAGCACCGUACGUCCUUGCCGCUGUCCGCGACAUGAAAUCCUACCGCAACAAGAAGCACUACCGCAACAUCCCAAUCGGCUACUCCGCAGCAGACAUCGCCGAGCUGCGCCCCAUGCUCCAGAACUACCUUGCGUGCCGCGACGACGCCGCGGAGCGGGUCGACUUCUUCGCGCUCAACGCCUACGAGUGGUGCGGCGACGCGAACUACAAAACCUCGGGCUACGUCAACCUCCAAGCGCAAGCCAAGGACUACCCCGUGCCGAUCUUCUUCUCUGAAACAGGCUGCAACGUCGCGCGCCCGCGCCUCUUCACUGACCAGCACGCGAUCUUCUCCGACCCCAUGGUCGAUACCUGGUCGGGCUCUAUCGUCUACGAAUGGAUCCAGGAGACGAACGACUACGGGCUUAUCAGCUACGGUCCUGAGGAGCCGAACGCCCCCGCUACCAAGACGAACGUCCAGGACGGCUUCGUCCGCAGCGGCAAGCCUACCCCUAUCCAGCCGGACUUUGAUAACCUCAAGGCCCAGUGGGCGACCCUUAGCCCUAAGGGCGUCCCCUUCGAUGACUACGUGAAGACCACCGGCCAGAUCAAGCCCCCAGCUUGUCCGGCUCCCACGGGCGGCUGGCUCGUCGACGCCGACAAGCCGCUGCCUACGCUGGGUGACGAGUUCCAUCGUCCGGCGGAGACGGAUCUCCCGACUGGUCAUGGUCACAGUCACGGUAAGGAGGAGAGUGGCAAAGAUGGUGAGAGCUCUGGUAGCUCCUCGUCCUCGUCCUCCGGUAGUGAUGGUAACGGUGGUUCCACCAGUCAUGGACCUUCGUCGUCCGAUCCCUCAUCGACAGAUUAUGAGCUGAGCAACGGUGCUGGAAGCCUUGCUGCGCGGCCGUUUGAUGGGGCGAUGAGCUUGGCGGUGUUGGUUUGCUCGGCUGUUGGAGGGUUGGCUUUGUGGCUGUAG